AAAAAAAAAAAAAAGAUAAUAAAAACAAGUCGUCCGUUUGUAGUAUAUUGUUGAGCACUCUUCUUCUUUGCUUCUCUUAGUCUCCCGCUUCCACAACUCUUCCCCUUCCCCUUUCGCUUCUCUCAGUACCACUUCCGCUUCUCUUCAUUCGCCAAGUUUAUGUGAAUUCCCCACCUCACGCUCUCCCAGAAUCUGAUUCCUAUUCCAACAUCAAAAACCCCAAAACACCUCGUGCUACCUUAUCGCAAUGAUGAUGCUCAGAGUUUGCAGCAGAGACGACCUCGAACGAGUCACAGUGGAGAACCCGCAGCGCACCACCGCCUCGAAACUCAAAUCCAAACCCAGGAAGAAAUCGCCCGAUUCACCGACGUGGCCAAUCCCAGCACACCUCUUACAGCGCUGAAUCUUGCAGAGGGGGUCUAUUGUUUACUUGGCUUACGACGGCGAGCACACCGUCGCUGGGCCGACUUUCCACCCGGUGGGCUCCUUUGGGAGGAAGAUGACCAUGACGAAGCGAAGCAGACGAGGUUUGCUAGCGACGUCUUGGCAAUCCUCUACUUUUCACGGGUCUCGCUAGCGAAGCAUUUAGUCUACACACGUCUUAUUUAAUUCCACUAAAGCUGGUCCAUGCGUGUAACACCACAUACGAGGCUACGUAAUCCAGUGAAAGCCAAAAUAACAAACAAUCGCACCCUAAUAGAUUUGUCAAAGAACAAUUAAUAUAUUUCAAGCCGGCAGGUUCGAGUAGAGGAUUACAAUAUCAUCUCCACCCUUCCCCGAACACCAAAUUAAUCUUCACACCCAACUGAGUUUUUAGGAUGGCACUAUUGUUCUAUAGUGUCCGGACGAAUUUGCCCUUCGGCUUCUUCUUGGUUGUAUCUUUUUAUCCUCCUUUGCACAGUGAGAGGACGACUUUGCCCUCGAUGGCCACGCGUUCUUCAUCGAUAGCCUUUCCUGCAAUCGGUUUUUCCAUUUUCUGCCCCGCGUCUACGCGUGUUGGUCAUCGCGAAUAGGAAAGCGGUGGAAAAGCCCAAAUCUUCAACCCCUCCUCUUUCUGCAACACAAAAUCCAUGGCCUCCUUCAAGCCCUCCAUUCCCCCCACCAGUGACUCUUCUACCUCCGGCGAGGUCCAUGUUACCAUGGGUCCCAUGUUCGCCGGUAAAACCACCGCCCUAUUCCGCCGGAUCAAGUUAGAGGGCAACAGCGGCAGGAAUGUGGCGAUGAUAAAAUCGGGUAAGGAUACGAGAUACGCCAUUGAUUCAGUUGUGACGCACGACGGGGUGAAGUUUCCGUGCUGGCCGUUGUCUGAUCUGUCGUCGUUUCGUGUUCAAUCUUUGUUGGGUUUAUGUCAAUUCCUGUCUUCUUAUUUAUUUAAUAAUUAUUUGGAAUAGCCCAAACAAUAGCCCAUGUUGCCUUCAAAUAAUCACUUUCAUUUUAUUUUUUAUUUUGGUUUUUGACAGAUUACAUUAGAUUUUUUUGUUGUUUAUUUGAUGAAGUUCUCGAUUGCCCAUUUAUGCUUCUAUUUAGUAAGAUUGGGGUGGUAAAGAUUUAUGGGGUGUUUUCUGGGUUGUUUUGGAACAACAUUCAUUUCUUGCAAGACCGCAUUAAGAAGCAUUUUUUCAGUCGCACAUUAUGGCAGCAGUUUGUUUUGAUUUGUAAACAAACUAUAUGCUUUAUCUUUAUCUUGGGUUACAGUAUAACGUUUGGCGAUUGAAUUUGUAAGAGGUUUUGCAAUUUUUUCACAAGCU